GAAAUUAGUUGUGAACCGAGGGUGUUUCUUCAGGAAGGCAACGGUGUGCACUCUUUGAUAAUCGUUCAAACGGAAUUGGCUGACAGCGGACAGUUCACUUGUUUGGCUGAAAAUGUUGCCGGAGAGGCUCGCAGUACGGCUGACCUCGUUGUUAGACCGCGAGGAACUGGUCCCGGCAGUUAUUUCCAUGUUACCAAAGUCACGCAAGAAAAACAGGUCGAAGGAGAGCAGCCAGUACGAAACACCGCCUUCACCAUCGAAAAUCCGCCCCUCCAAAGCGCAUUGUUAUAA